AUGGAUCCCCGCGGUAAUCCACUUCCGUGGGUCCCAAAAGACCUACCUGGUGAGACUCGAAUCACCGGAACAGUUUGGGUCGGUGCCAAAGAAGCUGAAGAUGGUAGUCUCCUGACGACAUUCGUACCAUCGAAAUCAACGUUCCCCUAUUUGCUUGGUCAGCUGAAUGGCAUAUACAACAUUACCACAAUUCAGAUGGUGGCAAGAGUUGUCACAUCCGGCUAUCCCAGUGGACUGAAUCAGAAAUUCGAUAUCUACACAAGAGAAAAAUAUAUGAACUUGUGCGGAAGAAUUACCCUGGAUCACUGGAAAUUGUGCAAAAAAGAUGCCAUACUGAAAGCAGAGGGUGAAACUGAACAGUUCAAGUGUAAUUCGGAUGCCAAACGCGCACAAUACAUAUUGAUUGCUCGCGGAUCGCCAGAUAGCACAGAGAUCAUUGUAGGACAACCUGUGACGGAGAUUGGGGUUUGGGGAAAUCGUGUCGGUGAUGGAAAUAUCACACCGGAACCCGCGUGGGGUAAGCCAGAUCGAUAUUUGACAGUUCGCACGGCCGUUGCACAGAAUGUCAAUGAAUUGUGGUACGAAGCUUCCUGGGUGGAAUUGGAAAAAAGUGAUCAGUUGGAGGAUGUUGUUUUCGGCUGGGGUCACAACAAAAUCAUGGCAAUGGCUGUCACUCGGGGCAGUGGACGGGCGGUGAUCAUUUUGGGUGAAAAAUGGAUGAAUGAGCUGUUCAGCGCACCCUAUCUGGCCAAUUUCCACGUGAAUCUGAAGAGCUGGUUAGGAGAAGGCGAAAAGUCGCAGUUUCGUUAUGCCAAUGAGUCGUACAGUCGGGGAGAUAUCGUUCUUGUGAAACGCAGUCAUCAGUUCGAUGCAGACAAACUGGCCAAAUCCGUAAUGGCCGGGGAUAACGGAGUGGUAAUAUCAUUUCUAGGUCAAAACGGUGAGCUUGUGAAAGACAGCACUGUCAAACUUUUGGAAAAGUUGAACGUAACAGUUAAAAGUAACAAGGACCGCUACAGCAAACCAAGUCGAAUUAAUCCAAGUUCAACAAUCAACUCGAAUAUGUAUGUACCGCAAGAGAAAAUUCUACGUUGGGCUGCGAACGACAACUUCGGAACUCUGUGUACCCGCGGACCAUUCUUCAGCACAUUGACGUUACUAAACAAAGAUAUGCAACUGAUCACUAGUCCGGGAUAUCAGGAUGCAUUGAAAGCAGUGCUACAAAAGUAUCGAGACUACUUUGAUGACCGAGCCCCGUGUGGAUCACAUCCGUACACGUGGGAACCACGAACUCGCGAUUGCUGGAAACAUUAUAACAUGUUCGCAAUGUCACAGAUGACCAAAACUCCUAUUCCCCUGUUUGCAACGGACAUCUUUCCGGGAGCAACGGCAAGAACCGAGAAGAAAACUAGCUACGGUUUUCGUUCUCGUCCUCCAAAGGUUGGGUUCUAUUUUCCAACCGGUGCGUACGUGAACCCCGGUGAAGUGUUCAGCUGGAAGGUGCACGAGCAUAGCGACAAAUUGGAUAAAUACUUUUUCACAUUCAGCUGUCAAAGGGAUCAACUGGUAAACAAAAAACCAUGGAGAAGGUGGCCGCUAAUACAACAUGGUUUACAAUUGCAAUCGGAAGGCAGCUACGCAACACCGGUUGGCGGGAUACUUCUCAUGCGUGUAGAUGCACCUAAUAUGAGCAUCACUAUGCAGUUGAACGAUGUCUAUCGACAUCCGCUUUUCGAUUUACGAAACAAAUCGUCAAUUGAUGAUUGGAACAAUGAACGAUUACGUUACAAUGGUGCCCCGUGGACAAUUUUCGUCGGGGAUAAGGUGUUCGCGUGUCUACAAACAAAGGCGAUUGUGAAACUGAUGAAAGACGAUUUAGAAUUUGUGUCAACUUAUCUGGAUAAUGUGGUGAAACUGAUGCACAAUUUCCGCGGUUCUGUAUGGGAGAAUGCGGGAAUCGAAGUGUUUGCUGUAGACAUACAAAUAUCGGCCGGUGACGGGCACUCCGGUAUGCCUAUCUACGGACAUCUUCCAUGGCAGGACACAGCUACGAGUUUAGCCAACAUCAAGGGACGCUCUGCGAUUGGUCUAACUCACGAAUUUGGCCACAAUUUACAAAAUGGGGCUGUGACAUUGAAAUGGGGCGGAGAGGUGACUAACAAUGUCUAUCAUUUCCCAGUUCGUGGACAUUUGGUCAAUUUGACAGCUUAUGGAUUCAAUGUUUCCUGGGCAUUCCAAUGGGGUGAUAUGCAACAGGUGCUUAAAGUUUGGAGGGAAGAUCAAUACGUGGGUGUUAACCUCGGUUAUUACAACUGGCUUGGGAUGAUAUUUGGUGAAGGACUACUGGUUAACUUAUGGCAUGAAGGAUGGAAUAAUAGAAAUUCGCUCAAUUCCGAGGAAAAGAAGGUCAAUUUCUGGCUUAAAAAGUUCUGUGCGGAGACGGAACACAAUGUCCUACCAUGGCAAGAAUUGUGGCAUUUCCCCAUAAACAAUGAAACUCGGACGGAGUGUGCCAAGUAUCGCUGUUUCUUCCCAGACGAUGCUCUCACGCAAAUGGCUCCCGACGUAGUGGAAAAGGCUAUUUCAAAAGUUAAAGACGGAUGUGAUCGAAAGCCAAAGAAACAGGUGACCAGCAAACAUGACAUUAUGCGAGGAUUGUACACAAAGGGUGAACCAUGGUUCUCUUUCCUCUAA